GCGGGGAGGGAGCGGGGUGCAGGCUCACAAGCCCGAGCGCGCGCCCAGGGGAGGGCUGAGGUGUGCGGGAGGGGGGCGGCCUCCGGGACCCUUCCCCUCCCCCUGGCCUUGGGGAGAGCCCCCGUCCCCAGGAAACCUCCCGGACGCAGGCUGCCUUUACGCGGCACAGUGAGGGGUCGUUGCAGGCCCCCCGCCGCCCCCCCCCCCGUACGCCCCCUGCCUCCCGGGGGUGCGGCUGAGACAAUGAUCAAGUCCAGUUGGUUCUAUGUCAAGUUCAAGUAUGCCGAGAAGCUCAAGCCAGGACAGAACAGCUGCCGAGACAGCGACAGCGAGAGCGCCAGUGGAGAAUCCAAGGGAUUCCACCGGACCAGCUCCAGGGAAAGACUUAGUGAUAGUUCAGCGCCUUCCAGCUUGGGGACCGGCUACUUUUGCGACAGUGACAGUGACCAGGAGGAGAAGGUUUCUGAUGCCAGCUCAGAGAAGCUUUUCAACACCGCUGUAAACAAAGAUCCGGAGUUAGCCGCCGGCGCGGUGACCGAGCAUGACCCCCAGGAUGCGGGGCCCGUUGUCCCGAAGAUCUCGGGAUUAGAGCGCAGCCAGGAGAAGAGCCAAGAGAGCUGCAAGGAGCCCAUCUUUGAGCCCGUGGCACCUAAAGACCCCUGUCCUCAGGCAGCGCAGCCGGAGCCGCAGCUGCGGGCGCCAUCCCCGGGCCCAGGCCCUGUCCUGCUCCAGCGCACGGAAGCUCUUCCUCAGCCUCCGCCCCAGGCCCCUCCGCCGCCGCAGGCCCCUCCGGAGGCCCAGCUGCAGCCUCCCCCCCAGCCUCAGGGGCAGCGGCCGGCCAGGCCUCCGUCACCCCCCCAGACCGUCCACCAAAGCCUCCCCUCAGUGCAGCCGCACCCCUCGUCUCAGAACCUCUCCCAGCCCUUGUCGGCUUAUAACAGCAGCAGCCUGAGCCUCAACAGCCUGAGCAGUAGCAGAAGUAGUACACCUGCGAAGAAUCAGCCCCCCCAGUCUCAUCUGUCCCACCAUCCCUCGGCCUCCCCCUUCCCCCUCUCUCUCCCCAGCCACAGCCCCCUCCACAGCUUCACGCCCACCCUCCAGCCCCCUGCUCACUCUCAUCACCCCAAUAUGUUUGCCCCGCCCACGGCUUUGCCUCCUCCUCCUCCAUUGACGUCAGGGACUCUGCAGGUUCCGGGACACCCGGGAGGAAGCACUUACUCAGAGCAAGACCUCCUGCGUCAGGAGUUGAACACGCGUUUUCUGGCCUCGCAGAGUGCUGACCGCGGGGCCUCCCUCGGCCCCCCGCCCUACCUGCGGACCGAGUUCCACCAACAUCAGCACCAGCACCAACACACGCACCAACACACGCACCAGCACACCUUCACGCCCUUCCCCCACGCCAUCCCGCCCACGGCCAUCAUGCCGACGCCAGCACCGCCCAUGGUGCGUACCCCAGGCAGAAAUUUUGACAAAUAUCCUACAAAAGUUGACCCCUUCUACCGUCACAGUCUGUUUCAUUCAUAUCCUCCUGCCGUCUCGGGCAUCCCCCCUAUGAUCCCACCUACUGGUCCCUUUGGGUCCCUGCAAGGAGCAUUUCAGCCCAAGACAUCUAAUCCGAUCGAUGUUGCUGCUCGACCUGGGACAGUCCCUCACACUCUCCUACAAAAAGACCCGAGGUUGACAGAUCCGUUCAGGCCAAUGUUAAGGAAACCAGGGAAAUGGUGUGCAAUGCACGUUCACAUUGCUUGGCAGAUUUACCACCAUCAGCAGAAAGUCAAGAAACAGAUGCAAUCAGACCCACAUAAACUGGACUUCGGAUUGAAGCCUGAAUUCCUGAGCCGCCCACCAGGUCCCAGUCUCUUCGGAGCCAUCCACCACCCCCAUGACCUGGCACGACCGUCCACUUUGUUCUCUGCUGCUGGUGCCGCACAUCCAGCCGGGACCCCUUUUGGGCCCCCACCCCAUCACAGCAACUUCCUCAACCCAGCUGCUCACUUAGAGCCUUUCAACAGGCCGACUACAUUCUCUGGGCUUGCAGCAGUGGGUGGCAAUGCCUUCGGGGGACUUGGAAACCCGUCAGUUACACCCAACUCAAUGUUCGGCCACAAGGAUGGCCCCAGUGUGCAGACCUUUAGCAACCCUCACGAACCCUGGAACCGGCUCCACCGAACGCCUCCAUCGUUCCCGACCCCUCCGCCCUGGCUGAAGCCGGGGGAGCUGGAGCGCAGCUCGUCCGCAGUAGCUCAUGACAGAGAUAGAGAUGUAGAUAAACGAGACUCAUCCGUUAGUAAAGAUGACAAAGAAAGGGAGGGCCUUGAGAAGCGACACUCCAGCCACCCUUCACCAGCACCCGUCCUCCCAGUGAACUCCCUGGGGCACCCCCGCGGCUCCGCUGAGCAGAUGAGGAGUCAUUUGAACGCCGAGGUUCGCGAGAAAGACAAACCCAAAGAGAGAGACAGGGAACACUCCGAAUCCCGGAAAGACCCCAGCGCCGAGGAGCACCCGGGGAAGGACGGCCACCUCCCCGAGAAGGAGCCCCACGGGCACGACGGCAGGGCCGUGGCCGACGAGUCCAAGCAGAUGUCCAGGGUCCCGUCCCCGUACGCCCGGCCCCCCGCGGUGGAGAGCGCCCGGCCCAACAGCACCUCGAGCCGGGAGGCCGAGAGGGAGAACCCCAAGAAGGGCGGCGCCGAGGUCAAGGUGAAGGAGGAGCGCAAGGAAGACCACGACGUGCCUCCAGAGGGACCUGCGGCGCACCGGCCCUCUGAGCCGCCGCCGCCCCCCGUCUCCACGACGUCCAGCGUGCACGCGGGACCCUUGGCCUCCAUGCCCAUGACCGUGGGAGUGACCGGCAUCCACCCCAUGAACAGCAUCAGCGGCCUGGACCGGACUCGAAUGAUGACUCCGUUCAUGGGCAUCAGCCCCAUCCCAGGAGGAGAGCGGUUCCCCUACCCUUCUUUCCACUGGGACCCGAUCCGGGAUCCGCUGAGGGACCCCUACCGAGAACUGGACAUCCACCGGCGCGACCCCCUGGGCAGGGACUUCCUGCUGAGGAACGACCCCCUCCACCGCCUGUCCACGCCGCGCCUGUACGAGGCCGACCGGUCGUUCAGGGACAGGGAGCCCCACGACUACAACCAUCACCACCACCACCACCACCACCCCCUGUCCGUGGACCCCCGCCGGGAGCACGAGAGGGGCGCCCACCUGGAUGAACGGGAGCGGUUGCACAUGCUCCGGGAGGACUACGAGCACGCCCGCCUGCACUCGGUGCACCCCACCGCCCUGGACGGCCACCUCCCCCACCCCGGCCUGAUCACCCCGGGCCUGCCCAGCAUGCACUACCCCCGCAUCAGCCCCACCGCCGGACACCAGAACGGACUCCUUAACAAGACCCCUCCCACGGCAGCGCUGAGUGCCCCGCCCCCGCUCAUUUCCACGCUGGGGGGCCGCCCGGUCUCCCCGCGGAGGACUACCCCUCUGUCAGCAGAGAUGAGGGAGCGCCCUCCUUCCCACACUCUUAAAGAUAUCGAAGCUCGAGAAACAUCUUUCUUAGCAAGUUAGACCCCAGGCUCUGGAGCCGUUCACCUGAAGUCAUUGUUUGUGGGCGUUCGAGAAAGUACCGUCUCCCGCGUUGGGACACGGGGCAGCCGCUGACAGAGGGGAUGGGAUUUUCAGAUGCCAGAAUCUGGUGAUAAACGUACUCUUGUUUCAGUCAAAUAUUAGGAAGAAGUCCCAAGAUCUUGUAGUUCUACAAACAUACCUCCUCUUGUUGAGAACCAUGCUUUUUUUUUUUUUUUUUUAAAUUCCCCUUCUCCCCCCGAGUGUAUCAUUUUCCCCUCAGUGCAUUUUUUUUUUUUAAAUAAGGCAUUUAAGAACACCCGAACAAAUCCUGAAAGAAAGCUAAUUGUUUUCUAAGAUGAUGGAUAUGUUUUUACUGUGUUUGAUAGUUAAUGAAUUGAAGAUGCAAAUUUCUCAUUGUGGUUCAUUGUAUUUCAGUUGGUAAUAAAGUCUGGGAAGAACCUAACAGGUCAGCCUUGUUGUAUAUAUACAGACAACCAGAAGGCAACACAGGCUGGGUGAAAAGAUUUGUUUUAAGGUUUGCAUCCAUCUUCUGUCUCUUCAUAACACUUUUUAUAAUACAUUAAGCUUCUUGUCCACAUAUUUGGAGAGAAUAUGACUUUACUAUCAGAGAAAAUACAAUAUAUCUUGUCUACUGGACUGUAAAAUAUAUGUAUGAAAUAAAAUUAGUUCCAUUGGUCUUCUAGCGUAUUAAAGUGCUAUCUGAAGUUGUUAUCCUGUUUUUGCAAAAAAAACAAACAAAUAAAAAAAAAAACAAAAAACAAAAAGCAAAAAAAAAAAAGAAGGAAAAAAGAAAAGAGAAAAAAAGUCUUAAGUACAGAAAACAGUUGUUUCUAAUGAGCAGAGAGAUCUAUUUUAGUAGUAAACUGAAGGUUUAGUUGUGAGCUUCAGGUUUGUGAAUUCCAGAUGUUGUGCAGUGUUUUUUUUUUUUAAAGAACAACAGCAACAGGAAAAAAAAAAACCCGACGAAUAUGUACACUGGAACUGUAGUGGUAGUUUUCAGUAUUGUAAAGAGAUUGUUCUAUACCAACAUUUUUGCUGUUUAUCCUGUAUGUAAUAAAGUCCUUUCUAGACCCUAUGUGAAAAAGAAAAAAUGAAGCGGCAGGUUCUUCAGCAUGUUUCUCAUCAGCGGAGACUUCUUGUGUAAUGUAAAGUGUGCCAUGUUAUUAAAAAAUGUGAACUAAACGCCC